AUGGAUUCAAACAAUACGCACAGCCCCAUGUUUCUGGUGUUUCCCCCGGAGGUCACCAACGCAGAAUACCAAACAACAGAACUUACGGCCACAGUCUACAACUCCCAAAACCCAGUACAGAAAAUCCUUAUCAGAAAAUUGAAGAUCUUAGGGACUGCCCAGAUCCUACUUGGAAUCAUGAACUUUUCUUUUGGAGUUGUUUUCCUUUUCACCUUGGUGAGCCCAUUCCCAAGGUUUCCUUUUAUAUUUAGCUCAGGAUAUCCAUUCUGGGGCUCUGCUUUGUUUAUUAACUCUGGAGCCUUUCUGAUUGCUCUGAAGAGAAAAACUACGGACAUUCUGAUAAGACUGAGCCAGGUGAUGAACUUACUUAGCGCCCUGGCAGCAGCAGCUGGAAUCAUCCUCCUCAUAUUUGGUUUCCUUCUAGACGGAGCUUACAUCUGCGGCUAUUCUCCAGAUGGUAUUCACUGUAGUGUGGCCACUGUUCUAUUCAUCGGGAUUUUGACAAUUUUGAUGUUCUUCAGCAUUGCUGAACUAUUCAUUUCCCUCUUUUCCUCAAUUUUGGGAUGCUCCUCAGAAAACUGUGAGGCAUUCUGUUGA